AUGGGCGUCUUCGAGGAGGUCUCCAAGUUCAACGUCCACCUCAACAUCAUCGAGCGCGCCUGGGCCGCCUGGUAUCUCUGGAUGCAGAACGACACCCUGGCCACCGGCAUCUUGAGCUUCGUUAUGCACGAAGUCAUCUACUUUGGCCGUUCCGCCCCCUGGAUGAUUAUUGACGCCCUGCCUUACUUCCGCAAGUACAAGCUCCAGAACCAAAAAGUCCCUACGCUCAAGGAGCAGUGGGAGUGCGCCAGCCUUGUCCUCCUCAGCCACUUCACCGUCGAGCUCCCCCAGAUCUGGCUCUUCCACCCGAUUGCCACCUAUUUCGGCAUGGACUACGGUGUCCCUUUCCCUUCUUUCGGCAAGAUGGCUUUCCAGAUCGCCGUCUUCUUCGUCAUGGAGGACACCUGGCACUACUGGUUCCACCGCGCUCUGCACUACGGUCCUCUGUACAAGAACAUCCACAAGCUUCACCACACCUACUCGGCUCCCUUCGGCCUUGCUGCCGAGUACGCCUCGCCAAUUGAGGUUAUGCUCCUCGCCAUCGGAACUGUCGGGUCUCCAAUCCUGUGGGUUUCGCUGACAGGCGACCUGCACCUCUUCACCAUGUACAUGUGGAUCGUCUGCCGCCUCUUCCAAGCCAUUGAUGCUCACAGCGGCUACGACUUCCCCUGGAGCUUGCGCCACAUCUUGCCCUUCUGGGCUGGUGCCGACCACCACGACGUCCACCACGAGCGCUUCAUCGGCAACUACUCGUCCAGCUUCAGAUGGUGGGACUACAUGCUCGACACCGAGUCCGGCCCCGAGGCUGCCAAGCGCCGCCGCGACCGGAAGAUCAAGGCAAUGAAGGCCAAGGCCCAGUAG